CGCGCGCGCGCGGGAAGGGCUCAGUGGGCGCCGCGCCGUGCCGGGAGCGCGCGUCGGACGCCGCCACACGGGGCCCCUCAGCGGCCGCCAGCGCUCCGGCUGACACAGGUAAGGUUCCUUAUGUUUGAAGAUGCCACGCUAUGGAACAGUCGUUGUCAUUAAAAGGAAUGGGACUGAUGGAAUUGUUUUUCCACUCACCUCAACUUCUUGUUUAUUUGGAAGGAAAACAGAAUGUGACAUCCGCAUGCGGCUGCCCUGGGUGUCCAACGAGCACUGCAAAAUCGAGAUCAAUGAGAACAAGGAGGCAGUCCUGACCAAUUUGAGCUCCGUGAACCCCACGCAGCUGAACGGGGCUUGCUUUGAGCAGCCUGUUCCCCUGAAGCACGGAGAUGUGUUAACCAUUAUUGAUCGUUCUUUCAGGUUUGAAUAUCCUCUGCAAUCAACACCGAAAAAGAGGCGUUCCAGGUCUCCAAAAGAUGAAACUCUGCAGGUUCUUCAUGUUCAGCAGGUGGCAGAAGUGGAAUUAUUACACAAACAGCCUCAAGGAGCUAAAAGUCUUGAUGCUUCAGAUAAUGCUGAAUGUAAAGAAAAAAAUGCCAAUGAAAAUAAACAAACUCCAGAGGAAAAUCUUCCUGAAGCUUUCCCCGUCAAACUCCAAACACCCAAAUCUUCACAGAGAAUACAUUGUGUUCUUAAAAAGCAAAAUGAAAUGUCUCCCUUUAGUAAACUCUAUGAAAGUGUGAAAAAUGAGCUGAAAGUGAAAAAAGCUCUGCACAGGAGAAGUUCCUCUCAGCAAGCUGCAAAAGGAGACCCUGGGAGUGUUCUGCCAGAACCAGGUGCUCCCAUUUCAUCCCAGAGCUGUCCUUUUGAUCUGGGCAGCCUGCCUAAAGGCAAGGAAACAGGCAGUGUGGAAAAUAUUGAAAAAUGUGUAAUUGUGAGACGAGAAGAAGAAAACAGCCCAGGGUUUAACCAGCUGUCAGCUGCAGGGAGAACCCCCAGGAGGAGUUUUACCAGGAGUCCUCGAGCUCCCAUUUCAAAGGAGAUGUCAGGAGAUGCCAGUCAGAGUCCAGUGCCGGAUCCCAAGGAAUUAAGGACACCAGGCAGAUCCAGAAGUGCUGCAGUUACACCCAGAUCCAGCAAGGGGAACCACAGGAACUCUCUGGUUUUGCUGGAGCAGUGCUCCAUAGAAAGGUUUGAGUGUCCAGUUCAAGGGGCAGUGUGCAGUCCCACCAACUGCAGUGCUGCUGAAGGAUCUCCGUGUGUGCUGAGCACACCAAGGCCCAGGAGGAAGAGUCCUCGGUCUCUUUUUGUGUCACCUCCCAGAGAAACCACUGAAGUGAAUCCUGGAAAUCCUGACGCUUCAAGGACACCACGGCGUGGGUUGUUGAAACUGAAGUCACUUCCAGAGAUCCCAGCUGAAGUUCCAAGUGAAGAUGCAGGGUGCAGAAUCGAGAACACACAACUGCCUUUGCCAGAAGACAAAAGCUUAAAGCAGCGACGAAACAGCAAACAACGAACACCAGGAAAACCUGCCCAAGAGGUGCUGAAAGAAAUCUGGGAUCAGGCAAACCUGGAUAACUCAAAGGUGGGACACUGUGAAACCCCUGCCUCUCUCUCUAAUUCCAAGAGUCCCAGAAGAAGCAGCAGGGAAAGUAAAGAAUUCUUGGACAAAAGUGCCCAUUUAGAGGCAUUGGCUGCAGAAGGAAUGUUGGCAUCUCCUGCUGGUCAGACACCUGGAAGGAAAAGGGGAAGGCCAAGGAGCUCUGGAGUGCUGGCUGAAACAGCACCGGAGACAAACACUGCUCAGGACCAGCAUGAUUCAGACAGAAAAGUCAGUGCAACUCCAACAGAACUGACCAUGAACACAUGUCACCAAAACCAGGAUUUGGAAGAUGAUCCAAGACCUCGGAGACCAUCAGUCAAGAGAAGAUCUUCUGGAAAUGCUGCUGAGCUGAGAGACACUGAGCCUGGCUCAGAAACCAAAACUGUUGGCCUCUUGCAAGGAGAAGACUCAGGCAAGACAAAAAGAAUCUCUCAGAAGAGGAAAAGUGGUGAAACGCUCCCUCAGACUCUGGGCAAAAGAAAGAGAGUGUCCUUUGGUGGUCAUCUGAGCCCAGAACUCUUCGAUAAAAGCUUGCCUCCCAACUCUCCCCUGAAAAGAGGAGCUCUCCCUGCCAGGAGGAGUUUACCCCAUGGAAACUCUCCUCGGGCUGUGCUCAAAAAGGCUCAGGGCUUGAAGCAUUGGAUAGAUCAGGAAGAAAAAAAGUCACCCAAAAGUUCCCCAGCCCAGCAGCCCCCAGAUGCCUCAUCCCCUGUCUCAACACCCAAAAUCCCUUCAGGCUCCCCAGCCCCCUUCAGGAAAGGGCGUUUCUCCAUCUCCCAGCCCCCCACACCAUUCCCCAUUGCAGAGGAGAAGGAUGCUGGCACAGAAGACAUGGAUCCAGAGGGGAAGAGUGGUGUCCAGGGGAAAACCCCAAAAUCUUCCCCUGCUGCCCAAGACGCCAAAGCCUUGGUGACAGGGACACCUGCCAAGUCAGCCAGAGGUGCCCAGCUGCGCUGGAAGGGCUCCUCCAGGAAGAGCAGAGGUGGGGCUGUGGCUGUUAUCAGUGCCAAGAGGAGAAGUGGUGCCUCCAGUGCCAAUUUAUUAGUUGCAAAAUCUUGGGCAGAAGUGGUAAAAUUGGGGGUUGCAAGACCACAGCCAAAGACUGCUAAAAAAAGUGUCCGUAAAGGAAGAGCCCUGAAGAAACUAAACCACCCCCCAAAGACUCCAGAGAAGAAAAUAAAAGGUCACUUCAGCACAGGUCAUGCAGAGUCACCUGCUACCAUAGUUGUAGGUAGAGCUUAUUCCACCACAGUCAGGUCAGCUGGACACGUCCCUAAAGUGGUGAAAAAUCCCAAGCUGAAGCUCAACAUGGAAAUGGAUGAAAGUUUCACAGGGGUGCCUGAAAUGUUCCAAACUCCAGAAGACCAGGGAGGAAGAACAUUUCCUUUGGCUGCUGCUCAGAAUGCUGAUGUUACACCACCAUGGGCUGCAGGAGACAUUUCUGACUUGCACACUCCUGAGGAAUCUGGAGAGAUGAUGGUGUCACCAUUAAAUAAUUCAGAUGCUUCAGAGCAGAAGCAAGAGAGUCCAGGCAUAUUCCACCUUCUGAGAGAGGAGUCAUCUCCAUCUAUGUUUGAUGAAAUAGCCACAAAAACUCCUGUAAAAAGAAAAGCUGUGCACAAGGAUGCUGUGGAUAGUUUAGCAGUAAUUUCGGAAAAACCAGCAUCUCAGGUGAAAUCAGGAAGUAAAAGGAGGACUCCAAAGCAGAAGCUGGAGCCAGCUGAGGUCAUGUCAAGCAAAAGGAAGAUUUUAAGGACCCCUGAGCAAAAGUCAGAACCAGGAGAGGCUUUGUCAGGUAUCAAGAGGCUCAUGAAGACCCCAAGGCAGAGGCCUGAGCCUACAGAGGUUUUGUCAGGCAUCAAACAGCUCAUGAAGACCCCAAAUCAGAACUUGGAGCCUACAGAAGUUUUGUCAGGCACCAAGCACCUCUUGAAGACCCCAGAUCAGAAGUUGGAGCCUGUAGAGGUUCUGUCAGGCAUCAAACAGCUCAUGAAGACCCCAAAUCAGAAAUUGGAGCCUGUAGAGGUUCUGUCAGGUAUCAAACAGCUCUUGAAGACCCCAAAGCAGAAACUGGAGCCUGAGGAGGUUCUGUCAGGUAUCAAACAGCUCUUGAAGACCCCAAAGCAGAAACUGGAGCCUGAGGAGGUUCUGUCAGGUAUCAAACAGCUCUUGAAGACCCCAGAUCAGAAAUUGGAGCCUGUAGAGGCUUUGCCAGGCAUCAAACAGCUCAUGAAGACCCCAAAGCAGAAACUGGAGCCUGGACAGGUUCUGUCAGGCAUCAGAGAGCUCAUGAAGACCCUAAAGCAGAAACUGGAGCCUGUGGAGGCUUUGUCAGGCAUCAGACAGCUCAUGAAGACCCCAAAGCAGAAACUGGAGCCUGGACAGGUUCUGUCAGGCAUCAGAGAGCUCAUGAAGACCCUAAAGCAGAAACUGGAGCCUGUAGAGACUUUGUCAGGCAUCAAACAGCUCAUGAAGACCCCAAAACAGAAACUGGAGCCUGUGGAGGCUUUGUCAGGCAUCAGACAGCUCAUGAGGACCCCACGGCGGAAGCCAGAGCCAGUGGAGGACCUGUCGGGCAUUAAGCAGCUCCUGAAGACCCCACAGCAAGAGCUGGAACCACUCACAGAUGAAGUUGCCUUGAAAAGGUUGCUAGAGACUCCAGUAGAGAGCAGGGAAGCAGUAAAAGCUGUGCCAGGUGUGACUUCAACCAAGAAAACCCCAAAGCUGAAAUCCCAACCCAUGGAAGACAUGGUUGGGAUCAGCCGCAUUUUCCGGACACCAAAGGAAAAGGUUGAGCCUGUGGAAAACAUGUUUGGAAUUAGCAGAUUGAUGAAAUCUCCUAAAGAGAAAUAUCAGCCAGUUGAGGAUUUUGUGGGGCUGCAAAGGCUCAUGGCAGAACCCAGGCAGAAAUCUUCUGAUUCUGAAGUGGACUAUGCUGGAGUGACUGAAAUGUUUGGUACCCCAGAGGAAAUGAAGGUCAGAUCAGUAUAUGUUAUGGAUUCUCAGGGAGAAAUUGCACCUCCUGGUUCUAAUUCCAGUCAUAAACAUGAAGAGAAAGGAAAAGUUUCCCAAGGUGAAGAUUCCCAACAGAAGGACUCAUCUGGGGAAGAGCAGCCUACCCAGAGACCCAGAAGGGGCAGGAGAGCUGUACCUCCUGCUGCAACAAAACCAAGUGAAAAUGGUGUGAGUUUAAAGGAUUUGCAGAGUCCUGACACCCAAGAGGAGAUGGGAGUGAUCACACCUGAAAACAAGGGAAGAGGAAGGAGGACAAAGCGUUGCAUACAAGAAGUUGUUCCAAAGUGUCCUGAUCAGGAAGGGCUUGACAUUGUGAAACCACCUGGAGCUACCCAGAGACCAGGGAGAGGUAAAAGGAAAGAGCUGAGGGAGUUAAAACAUCAAAAUGAAAAUCUGGAGUCUCGUGUUGAAGAUUCCUCAGUGCUACAAAAAGCACCUGCAAAUACCAAACAGAGUUUGCAGGACUGUGGCAUCAGUGAAACUGAAGAUGAUCCAGGCACAAAAACAGGACUGGGAAACAUUCAGAGUGAAAUCUGUCAGCUGCAAACAGGUUCAAAUAAUCCUGAUAGCAAAGGUACUGACAGUGGGAUAGAGGACUGUGAAGAAGUGCUCCUGUCACCAAGGAGGAGGCGCAGAGGAGUGGAGAACACAGAACCAGUGAUUCUCCCCAGAAGAGGGAGACGAGCAAGGAAUGACCAAGGUGAAGCAGCUUCUCCAGGAGACCUUCACAGAGCAGCCAAAAAGCUUCGUAAAGACCCAUCCCCAAAGGUUUCACAAAGACAGGAACAGGCUUGUGACAAAGCUCCUGAGGCUGCCACAGCACAAGAAUCUGAAAAUGGCACUAAACUUGAACUAAAGGCAGCAGAGAGAAGAGUUAAAUCUCUUAGAAGUACUAGAAACAGAAAGCACUCAGCUGAAAUAAAAGCAGACACUUGUGGGGUCGUGCUUGAAAAUACACAAAACAUUCAGCAAACUGAGGAAACAUCAACAGAAACUGAUGCUGAAAUGCAAUCCCACGUGAAAAAUGAGAUGAAAGGAUCUCAGGGAUGUGAAACAGAAAAUGCUCAGGAAAAUACAACAGAGGCAGCUCGAAGAUUAAAGGCAGAGUCACCUUCUGCAGAGACAAACAAAAUGCCAGUCAGUGCUCAGAACAUGGAAGCAAAGAGGACUAGAAACAGGAGAGGCAAAAAAGACUCUUUGGAGCAAGAAGCUGAGGAAUUCACUGAAAAUGUGAACAGCCAAAAACCAACUGCUCCCAAACUUAAUUCAGAAACAGAAGUGGAUGAAUCUUCUCUCCAGGAUUCCAUGGGCUCUGUGUGUGUCAGUGCAGCCCCAGGCAGGAAGGAGCAGGCCAGCCCAGGUGCCCCAUCAGUCCCUGCUGCAGACGGUGCCAGUCCUGCUCAGGGCAGUCAGAGGAGGACGAGAAAUGAACGGGGAAUACUUCAAGAACAGCAAACUGGAAUCCUGCAGGGCAAUCCAGCACAAAGAAAUGCAGGGAUGCGUAGAAGAGGAAGAGGUAAAAAAGUUAAUUUUCAGCUUGAAGAAGGCAGUUCCAAAGCAGUAGAAGGAAAAAGUUUAGCUGAGGGUGAUGAAGGGAUGACUGCCAAAGAUAACCAACAUGAGAGUUCCGAAAAUCCUCCUUCACAGGGAAGGAGGGGCAGGAGAAAGCAACUUGAUUCCACCCCACAGAAAGCUAGUCCUGCCUUGGUGGAAAAACAAACGUUAAGUGCAGAUCACAGGAAAGAUGAGGCUGUUGUACAAGAACCAGGAUCAGCUUUGGAAGCUGCUCCCUCUUCAGCAGGGGACAAUCCACCGAGGCGGGGCAGGAGACGCGAGGUGGCCGCAGCAUCACAGAGCAGAUCUCCUUCUGUCAGAACGAGACGUAGGCUGCUGGAAGGUGGUGCUAGACAGAUGGCAGAGAGAGAAGAGGAAAAUCCAGCUCUGGGUAAUAAAACUUUACAGCCAAAAGUGAAUGCACCAGCAAGGGACAGAAGGAAAAAGAUGGAUCCGGCAGCAGAGGCAAGAAGUUCAAGUCCUCUCCAGGGAAAAUGUGGCUUGUCAGAGACUAAAGAUGAGGGUACUCAGGAAGAACAAAGUGUGCCUUUGGAAGCAGUGUCCUGUGCAAAGGAGAAGCCAGCAGGAAGGAGCAGGAGGAAAGAAACUGCUCUGGCAUCACACACAACCAAUUCCAUCUCUCUUCGAGGGAAGCGCAGGUUGCCGGCAGGUGAUGGAGAAGAAGCUCCCAAAGAAAAGCAGAAUGUUCCCGUAGAAACUUGUGAUUCAUCUGGAAAAGAAAAUCAACUGAGAAGAGGCAGGAGGAAGGAAAUUACCCCCUUGGUAGAAGCCAAAAGUUCUAUUCAGGGAAACCAGAUCCUGUCAAAGCAAAGUGGUAGAAAAAAUAACAAUAUGGAAGCUAAACAGAAUUUGGACAAUUCUUCCCAAGAAAAUACAGAGCUUGUAAAAGGGAGCGCAAAGCAAGCAACCACUUCAGUGGCUCUUAGUCCCACCUCACUUCAGGGUUUGCCAGAAGAUGGUAAAGACAGAAUUCCUGAAGAAAAAAGUAAACUUUUGGACAUAGCUCCACCUGCAAAUGAAAUUCCAUCAAGAGUGAGCAGGAAGAAAACAACUUCUUCCACUUCUGAAGAAACAAUUUCCACUUCUCUCAGGGGAAAACCCAACCUGCCCAGAGGCAGAGGUCAAAAGAGGAUUCUUAAAGAAAGUGAAGAUGCAUCUCCAGAAAAUAAUCCAUGCCAGGGGAGAACAAGGCAGUUGAGAAACAAUAGGAGGAAGGUGGAGGUGUCAGAGGCAGCUACUUCUUCUCCCCAUGAAAGCAGUGACUUGCCAGGAAAUGGCCACACUCUGGGAGCUCAGGAUUUGAGUGGAGCACCCCCUGGUUCUGAAGAGAAUCAGUCUGGAGAGGGCCAGGAGGGUGACCCUGCUCCGCAGGCAGCCCCCUCCUCUCGCAGAAGGAAGUGCCAGCUGCCAGCAGAGGACGUGGCACCCAAAAGAUUCAGAUCAGGGAAUGAUGAAAAUGGGUCUGUCCAAAGAGGAAGAAGAAACAAAACUAAACUUGGAGAAGAGGAUGCAAGGGCAGCUCCGACCACUGGAGGGAUGGAGAGGAGGACAAGAUCCAGCACAAGAACAAGGAAAUAGCCUUAAGAGUCCCAGAACAAGUUUUUAAAUCAGUUCAGUAAUUCCAAUUGCAGGUUUUUUUUAAUGUGAAUUGAUUUGUGUUGCUAUCUUAUUGUAAAGCUUUCUUUCCUGGGUGAUUUCUCAUAGGCAGCUCUUCAGCACAGCCAACAAACUCCAAUUUCCUCCUCAGCCCAGCCAACCUCUCUCUUCUUGGUUGCAGCUGUGGCUUGUUCUUAAUCUUUGGUAGUUGGUACAGCUGCAACUCCUCAGGGGUAACAUGACCUUAUAUUCCAUCCCCCCACAGAUUUGCACUCUGAUUUUAAGCUAAGAUUUCUGGUAAUUACAUGGUUACUUCACAAAAUAUACUUCUUAAUGUAGAUAAGAUAGGAAGUAGAUAUUUCUUUAGUAGCUUUGCCAACGUGUGGUGGUUCCUAAACCAUGGGGUGCUUGUGUAAAGCUGCAAACAUAAAUUACAUUUUGUUUUACCAGUGUUUCUCCCUUUUUCUUGUUGAUCAGUACAGCAAUCAGGAAGCCAUAUUACUGCCAGCUAAAGCUAUUUUCUGCUGAAAUUUCCCUACGCUUAAGUUUUAUUUUUUGUUGGAGUUCUGUAAAUAUUCUCUUUUUUAAAAAAAUAGUUGUAUUAGCAGAAAUAUUAUGCUAAAUUUUUAAUAAGUUUUUUAAAAGAGAAUUAAAUUUGUAUUGAAAAGUGCAGCUUUUGAAGUCAUUAAACUUGUAAACAAUUUGG